CUUGUUAAAAAAAAAAAAAAAUGUACUGGCACCACCCUUGCAGGUAACUUUUCCCACUUUUGGUCUUGGAGUCACCAACAGAAAGAGGUUCUCCACAUACAUUCCAACAUGGCAGAGUCAGCUGAAUCCGUGGCAGCCGAUGUCGAGAGCAAGAGAAGUAUUGUUGUUGAAAUCUCAAAUAUAACAAACAACUACUGCCUGGUCAACCCCAAGGUGUAUAUUGAAAGUGGAGAAAUAUACAACCCUCCUCAACCCACGGUGCGCCCUCUGAAAACCGAAGUCUGCUGUUUCACCAAAUCCAGCGGCAAAGCGACCGGCAGCGUUGGCGUCUUGACCUACGACCUUUUCGAGAGGUCACGGAACGACUUUAUUGAGUCUGUGGCCAUCAUGUUCUCAGUUCCCUGGGACUACAACAUCUACAAGAACUGGUUUGCAGUGGGCAUCUAUAAUAAGGGUCGUAACUGUGAUGAAAGCUUGUACAAGGAAAUGUAUAAUGAGAAAAAUCCCAAAGUGUUUGUGAGGGAAGCGGCCAAUGGGUCAGGAAUUAAUUAUAUGGGCAACUACCUAGAUAUCAGAGCGACCAUGAGCCCUCUAGGCAAAGCUGUCAUGAAGGUGGAGGUGUGGGAUAAGCUCUUCACACCCGUGAGUCAGCAGGCCUACUAAAGACGCCCCUCUACUCUGAUUUGUUUUUCCGUCAUCUAUCCAUAUCUCAAGUUUUAACCCUAAAUGCUGUUUGUAGUACAGUCAACAUGCAUGAUUUAACAAAUGUAUUGUUGCUGGCAUGUGCCUGUGUUCCUGGGUAUUACCCUCCAGUAAAUCUUCUUAAGAUCAGAGUUUGUUGAGUUUGUUUAUAAAUCCAAACAGCAAAAUCCUCCCUUUAUAGCUAAAGCUUCUGUCUGUUUCAAUAGCUUCCGUUUUCAAAAUGGCAUCUUUAGAAAUGGAAAUCAAAGGAUGACUCACCAGAGGACGAGGGCACAUAGCUUAAUGAAAUGCACCGAGAGCUUGUCUGUAUCUACCUUGACACUGAGUCUAAGGAAUGAAAUAAACCUUUUUUUUUUUUUGCUGAA